AAAUAUGAAUUGGCUUGAUUGACAUUGCCGCCGGUGGCUGCAAAACCCUGUCGGUCGUCUCCGGCAAAGUCGACCUUCAACUUCCUUACCGGUAAACAAUGGAUCAAUCUUUUCUGCUGAUGCUAACAAAUCUUCUUCACCUCCACAACCACCUUGACCCCACCACCUCUCUUCUCUCCGAUUCCACAUCAUCCUACUCUUCCUCCGUUGCUUCACCCACCUCCCCUACUUCCCUCCUCACCUCCACAUCCGCCGCACCUCUCCUCUUCUUCACCAUCGCAUCCGUUCUCUCCUAUCUCGCUACCCACCCACACAAGAAAAAACCCAAAACUUCCACUUCUUCACCUAACAAUAACCCCUCUUCACCAUCGCCCGCAGCCGCCGAAUUCUCCGUCUCCGCUUUUCGUGCCCUCUCCACUGAACAUAUUUGGGCUAUGGAAGCUCCUCUCCGUGACGCUCAGUGGCGUUCCCUUUACGGACUAUCGUAUCCCGUUUUCACCACCGUUGUUGAUAAGCUGAAACCCUACAUUACCCAGUCCCAACUCUCUCUACCUUCUGAUUACGCCGUUGCUAUGGUACUUUCUAGACUCUUCCACGGCUUUUCUGCUAAAACCCUAGCUACCCGUUAUGGUCUUGAACCUUACCUGAUCUCUAAAAUUACUAACAUGGUCACCCGCCUCUUGGCUACUAAGCUUUACCCGGAGUUUAUCAAGAUUCCGGUGAGUCGACGGCGUCUUGUGGAGACCACUCAGGGGUUUCAAGAACUGACUUCACUCCCCAAUAUAUGUGGAGCUAUUGAUGGAACGGCCGUGAGGUUGCAGCAUCUUCCGUCGGAAACCGUAAACUCGUCUAUGUACUAUAGCCGAUAUGGGUUCCCAUCCAUAUUGCUUCAGGUUGUUGCUGAUCACAAGAAGCUCUUUUGGGAUGUUUGUGUGAAAGCCCCAGGUGGAUUUGAUGAUGCUACGCAUUUUAGAGAUAGUCUGUUGUAUAAUAGGUUGAUUUCUGGUGAUAUUGUUUGGGACAAAGGGGUUAAUGUUAGAGGAGAACAUGUGAGGCCAUACAUUGUUGGGGAUUGGUGUUUUCCUUUGUUGUCGUUUUUGCUGACUCCAUUUUCUGGGAAUAGAACUGGCUCACCUGCUGAGAAUGCCUAUGAUGAAGCCUUGUUGAAGGGGAGGAAGAUGGUUGAGGAAGCUAUAGGUUUGUUGAAAGGAAGGUGGAAAAUUCUUCAGAAUUUGAAUGUGGGACUAAGUCAUGCACCCCAAACUGUUGUUGCUUGCUGUGUAUUGCACAACUUGUGUCAGAUUGCGAGGGAGCCAGAGCCAGAGCUUUGGAGGGAGCCAGAAGAGAAUGGUUCCCCUCCAAGGGUGUUAGAGAAUGAGAAGUCUUUCUAUUAUUAUGGUGGAAGUGCGAGGCAGGCCUUGGCUGAUGAUAUAUAUCAACGGCUCUCUUCAAGAUGAGAGAAGUUUGCAGAAGGAUGCUUGCUUUGAUGUAAGGAUAAUUUUACUUGUUAAUUCUAGUUUUUGGUUCGUGCUAGCUAAUAUUGCUCUUUGACAAUGAAUAGCAAUGUACUGAGUAUUGCCUGUAGUCUAGUUAGUAACCUUAAAAGUACCUUAACAUUCACAAUAGAUUGCUUCCAGUGUGAAAUAAUUCUACUGCUUUCUAACUCUGCUAUCUGAAAGAAAUAGAAAGAUUUACUUGUCUCUGAUUGAUGAGCACAUAUAUAUGCAUCCGCUGCUUGGC